AUGACUUGUAGUAGGGACUGUAAUGACCAGAAGAGAUGUACCUACAUCCAGAUUUAUAGACUUUCAAAUUAUGUAAUGAAAAUUCAAUGUUCUCUCACACAGUACAGAAGAACAAGUUUAAUAAAAGCCACACAGUAUGGUAACUUGGAUUCUUUUGAAAGUUUAAUAAGUCAUGGUGCUUCAGUGGACAGAGCUGAUGUUGAUGAUGAGACAGCACUAACUCAUGCCUCCUACAAAGGCUGCUUUGAUAUCCUGUGCCGUCUGGUAGAACUAGGAGCAGAUGUCAAUCACAGAAAUAAAAACGAUGAAACACCAUUAUACAUCGCCAGUAAAUAUGGUCACUAUGACUGUGUACGCAGACUUGUUAUGGUUGAUGGAGACUAUACUAUACACAGUAAGUUUAGAAAAACAGCCUUGGAUGCUUCUAUUGAAUCUUUAUGCAAAGCGAAAAAACUGAAGAAAGAAGAGAAAUGCAAACAAUUAGAAAGAGUUAUUGAACUACUGAGCGAUGCUGAUGAAAUACAGGCCCUUCGGAAGCAAGAGAAGAUGUUUACCUUAACACCAGAAGAAUUCCGCAUCUGCCUGGAACGAAGCGAAUAUCGUCCAUCUGAUGUAAGCGUACGUUUGAUUGGAUUGAAUGACCAUUCUGCUAUGGCUGUUACACGUGCUCUUAUUCGUCAGUCAAUUUACUCUGAAAAAGAUGUAGACAUUGAAAAUGGGAUAAAUAUCUAUAAUGGAAUAUGUGAACUGAAUGUUGAAAGCGGUGAAUGGAUAACACAUGACAAAAUUGCAGAUGAGGAUUUAGUUCACAGGCACAUGGGAGAGGUCGUACGACACUAUGUCAACACACAUGAUUUUAAAACAGAAGCCGUGAACGAGGCAUCACUCAAAAUGAAUAAACAGUCGCUACUAUUUAGAAGUAACACUGUCUUUGAACCAGAAUUGCCGCUUAAACCAUUCCGUCUUAGUCCCCAUGUAAAUGGUAUACGUAACAAUAGUAGCAGUAAUUUACUGUUGCCGAGGUCUGCAACCUCAACUAGUUUAUAUUCACUUAAAUCCGAAAGGAGCGUCUUAUCACUAGGUGAUAUGGAUAUCAAAAUGGCAUCAGGUAGUACUGGGAAUUUUACCAAUAUGGAUGAACAUGUUUCUAGUGAUGGAGCUCAAGUUAGAUUUAAGCAAUUUGUAUCAAAUACUAAGAAAAAAUUUGUAAAAGCAGCACAAACAAUACAACAGAAAAUGGAUACGCUAAUACAUGGAGAAACGUCAGAAACUGGAAAUCUAGAUCCUAAUGGUGCAUUAGUGAAAAACAGAAAGCACGUUUAUGAAACAUUUGAACAUGUCAAGCGUUUAAUGGAUACAGACAAUAGCAACCUAGCAUCAAUUUCUGUGUGCUCACUAUCAACAAAAUUUGAAUACGCAGCAGCCCAUAAGUUUUUAUUCACGUCAAGUGCAAUAUAUAUUGUUGUUCUAGACUUAGAUAUCGAAAUUGAUGGGUUUAGGUCUGUGUUGUCUGAUAUCAGUCCUCCCGUAACCAAUGAAGAUUAUAUAAAAUACUUGAUGGAAACAGUCACAAGACGGAAUGAAGAUUCAUCGGACCAGUUUUCUAAAAUAAUUUUUGUUGUUCUGAAUUCUGGAUCGAAUAAAGAGGGGGCUGCUCAAGAUGGUUCUGGAUUGCUGAAGACGAUAACAGACAUUGCAGAAAACAUAAAUAAGUGUGAUUUUCUUAUUAUUGACAGUGAACUAGUGUUCACAUUAGAGGAUUUAUAUACUGAUAAAAUUACGAAACUAACUAAACAUAUUUCUUCUAUAGCAUGUAAAACUAUUGAAGCACGGGAACCUGUUCCAGCAGCAUGGCUUUCCUUACAAGAGGUUAUUAUUUCAACAAAGACAAAUAGUGCUGAAAUCAUCAGUGAAAAAGAUGUAGUAGAAAUCUGCAUAAGUCAAGCCAAGCAUAUAACAGUGCCAACAAAGUCGGAUGUAGAAAAAUUCCUAAAAUAUCAAACUCAAAAUGGAAAUUUACUUAGUCUACCAUCAGACGGCGCUCAUAACAACCUUUGUGUAGAUAUUUCUACUCUUUAUAAUUUAGUAAUAUUUUUCAAUCAUGUGUCAAUAGUGUUAAGUAAUGAUAAAUACGAAUGUGCGCCUCUUCAUGAGAAACUGAUGUUUGUCAGUGAAGGUCACGUCGAUAAAAGUAUCACCAAAUGUUACAUCUCAGCUAACGAUCCGCUGUUACGUAUAACAUGUUCUCUCUGCUUAGCUUCAACAAACUCGUCUAGACUACAGUCAAGUUCGCAUCACAUCGAAUUGUUCCUGUCAUCAUACAUGAAAGAGAUUGCACCCGAUGGCCUUGCAUUGCAGUUUCGAAAAUUUGAUCAAAGUUCGUGUCUUGCAUAUAAACUAAGAAAUUGCAUUCAAGUUUCGCUAAUUUUCAAACAAUUUGCAUGUGCAUUGUUUGAUGUAUUUCCUUUCAAACGCAUUCAUGGCAAGCCGAUUGUAUUUAAGAAUUUUGUUGCAUUUACUGUAGAUACAUCAUAUUGCUUAAGUAUAUGUAAUGAUGCCGACAGAAUAAUUUUAUACGUGACUAAAAAUACUUCUGGUAAUUCAAUGCAAUGUUCUUCAAAAGCUGAAAUAUGCAGUAAUAUUUACGAACUAACCUUAUACACCAUAAAACAAAUAAUAAACGUAUUUACAACUGAGAUGGAAUUGAAGAGAGAGGAUUUUUCUGUGGAAUUUGAAACUUGUAAUCUCACACCUCCCUGUUUUGUGGCCUCUACAAAACUCCAGCAAAUCGAUUCAUAUACAUGUACAAAUCAUGGGACGUUUGUUGAUCCACAAGAAAUACUCAGUGUAUGGAACAUUACACUUCAGGCCUGUCCAAUAAUAGAUGUAGAACAAUGCAGCAAUUCAUGUGAAGGCUUGAGUGCUCAGUUUUUGACAGAAACAGCCACCGAUUCAGAUCUCUGCAGAAUGAUAAGAAGAAUGCCACCAAGUUCUAGACGAAGAAUGUUGAAUUCACUGAAAGCAGAGCUAAUAGAGCAUACCAGUUCAAAUAUAGAUAUUCAGUUACUAUUAGCCAUGAUCGGAUGGAGAAAUGCGGCAAAACAAUUAACGAUGAAGGAUAUACAGAAAAAACUGAUCAACUGUGGUGAACAAAAACACAUUAUGUGCAUGAUAUAUAAACAUCCAAAUAAUGACCAUGGGCUAAUUAAUUCAGUUAAGGCUGACAGGUUACGAGAGGUUUCUUUGUCCCCUUUUUUGCUGAACCAAUUGGCUGUAAGACUUUUGACCAGGAGAUUGUUUCUAGCGCUUGAGCUUGGAUUGGAUGUUGUGGAAUACAACCAGAUUCUACAACAAAAUAGAAACAAUCCAGUGAAAACAACUCGCGAAAUACUAUUAUUUUGUCAACACAAAACAUUAGAUAAUAUUCUAAGCAUCUUCCAAGAAAUAGGAAUAAAGGGACAUGGUUUAGACGAAAUAAUUUCACUGCUAUCAAACACGAGCCACCUAUAGGUUUUAACUUUUUUGUUAACAAUAUUUCAGACUAACCGCAUGCUUUGACGCUCAUUAUUUCAACACAUCCUUUUUUUAGCGUUUGGAGUUCAGGAAACCAUCAUAAUCAAAACAAGUUCUACGCAUUCUCUAUUAUCUACAGUAUUUGAUAAUCGUAAUAAAUAGAAACAGAAUUGACCGUCUACGAAAUUUGACAUUCAAUCAUCUCCAGAAACAUUUUAAAGAUCUGCUAAAAGUAUAUAUUCUUGGUUAAUAAAUUGAAUAAAAAGUCACAAAU